CGGUGCAUGCCGGGCUGGAGGCGGACAGCUGUCGUCGGUUUUGUGGAGGACCGACGUCAGUGUUUGUGCUGCUCUGGGGAAGAUGGCGGAGGCUGCGGCUGUUCCCCCGCAUCGAUUUUUCUGCCACUGUUGUAAAGGAGAAGUCAAUCCCAAACUCCCGGAGUACAUCUGUCCGAGAUGUGAUUCAGGGUUCAUAGAGGAAGUAACAGAAGACUCCAGUCUCCUAGAGGGUGGUGCAAAUGGGAUAGAUGACACAGCCACACAGUUUGCAGAGCUAUGGCACCUGUUGUUACUGGAGCGGCCGUUUACAACAGACAAUGACACCCCUGACUCAGAACCCCGGCUCCCUGGAGGACGGCUGGGAGGUCUCAGUGACCUGGGGGGGUUGGGAGGGGGACCAAUCGGGGGGUCAGUCCCAGCAGGCCUUGGGGGACCCAUGGGGGGUCUACUAGGGGCGGGGGAUCACUGGGGACCGGGCCGCCCCCCUCGCCUGCACAGCCAGAGAAGAUACCGUUCUAGAGGCAGCAGCAGGCCUGACCGCUCGCCCGCUGUGGAAGGGAUUGUGCAACAGUUUCUUGCUGGCCUCUUUGCCAACUCUGGAGUCUCUAGCUCACCUCCGCUCUCAUGGACAGGGAUGCUGCACUCUAACCCUGGGGACUACGCCUGGGGACAGGGAGGGUUAGACGCUGUGAUCACACAACUACUAGGUCAGCUGGAAAACACAGGACCUCCUCCAGCAGAGAAAGAGAAGAUCUCUUCUCUCCCGACUGUCAAUAUAUCUCAGGAACAAGCCGACUGCUGUAUGGAAUGUCCAGUGUGCAAAGAGGACUUCACAGUUGGAGAGCCAGUCAGACAGUUACCCUGUAACCACUUCUUUCAUUCAGACUGUAUAGUGCCAUGGCUGGAAAUGCAUGACACAUGUCCAGUGUGUAGGAAGAGUUUGAACGGUGAAGACAGCAGCAGCCAGCCCCCAUCAGAGUCCCCCUCCCUCUCCAUGGACCCUCGCACACAGGAGAGAUGGUCCUUCUGAGACGCCCACCCGUUUCAUCCCUCCGUUCUCCCUGCCUACGUUCACCAACACACCGGGAAGACAAAAGCGCUUCUCUACUUCCCUCUCUUCAUCUCUUUUGCAGUUGUAAUCAUCUCAGUCUAUUGUUUCUUUUGUAUUUUUAUUUUCUGUUUCAAUGCCUUUCUCCUCAACCAUGUACACAGAUACCUGAACAGACGUCUUAACGCUCAGUUGAGGUCUACAAGAUUUUUUUUGCCUAAUAACAAACCAGCCUAGAUUGAUAAUGAUGAUCAAGCCCAAGUCUUCUCUACUUCUUCUCCUUUUCCAUCUUUUCUGAAAUGCACUGCUGCAAUACACUCCUGUGAGGAAACUUUAUAUCAUGUACCAUUCCCUCUCUAGUCACUUGACGAUUCGCUGAAACCUGCAACUGAGCCCUGUACGGCAUAUUGGAAUACAGUAGGGUUUGGCAUUUACAGAGCCUGGGCCUAACAACAUGAACACCUGCACCCCUGCAAUAAAAUGUAGUUUAUUAAGUGUAGAAUGUUUUUUGUUGAGAUAGUUUCAGGAGGAUGAUAGGACGGUGGUUAUUUAAUUGGUAGUUUUUUGGGAUUGCAUUUUCAGGGUGUUGAUGUCAUUGCGACCAUCCUCUGUAGUCUUACUAUUUGAUAAACAACACAAGCGAGUACUUUAGUACCGCUGUCGAAACUAUCUAGGACAUCAGAUGGAAGCAAAGGAUUCCUCACACCUUUUCGACUCUUCUACAUUUGAAAAUAACAGUAAGGGAAUGAAAUUAAAUAUCUAUGGAGCUCAACCCAUGAUCUAAUGCUUUAGGUUCCAACAUAUUCCUCCUUGUGUAUAUAUUCUAAACAGAUGGCAUCCCUCUGUCAUUUGAUUCCUAUUGUUUAUGACUUGUCUUUUGUUUCACAUUUUUAUCACUUUUUUUGAUGUAAAUAAUUUUAGUCCAACUACUUACGGUUUGCAAAGGAAAAAACAUUGAGAAUGGAGAAACAAAUGUGAAAUACCUGGUUAUUGAAACUGUAUAUUAUAUAUAUGGGAAAAAAAUGUCUAUGAGGUAUUAAUAAAUGACAAAUUUAAAA